AUGUCAUUUAACCAGCCUAACGGGACCUCAGCUCUCGGCUUUUGCGUGCACAGUCUUGUUGAACAUGCCGCCAUCAGGUUCUACGAUAAAAUUGCCUUGAUCUGUGCAAACAAGUCCCUCACAUUUGGGGCUCUCAACUGCCUUUCGAACCAGCUCGCAUUGGCCUUGGUAGACCAGGGCAUUGGCCAUGGCCAAAUUGUUGCCGUCGCUCUAGAAAGGUCACCCGGCCUUAUCGUGGCUUUGCUGGCAGUGCUCAAGGCGGGUGCUGCCUAUCUUCCUUUGGACCCUGUACUUCCAAAUCAGCACCUCAGACACAUGUUGAGAGACACCUCCCCGAGCUGUGUACUCGUCGACUCUACAUCAAAAGACGCAUUCACACCAUGGAGGAGUAUUUGCUUCAAUAUUGAUGACAUGCAUAACAUGCCUACUGGCGCCCGAAACCCAAACAUCAACGUACAAGCUACUGAUCUAGCCUAUAUCACGUACAGUUCCGGGCCGACUGGACGGUCCCAGAGCGUUCAAGUCACCCACGGCGCUGUCUCUCAUAUUCUAUGUUCAACUUUGCGAAAACUUGGUUGUAAUGAGACGGACCGUCUACUAGCCAUCACAACUGUUUGUUCUGGCAUUGCAGUACUGGAGCUUUUCUCACCUCUUUUGUGUGGUGCUUCCAUCGUCCUCGCUCGGACCGAGGAUAUCACCACUCCUAAGGCAUUGCUUGGUUUAAUGAGGCAAUACCGCAUCACUACCAUGCAGGCCACGCCAACAAUAUGGCAGAUCCUGCUAAAUCAAAGACUUCGGGAGGCUCCCCGCUUGACGAAUCUAAUUUGUAACGGCGGAAAGCUGCCACCAAAGCUAGCGCAAAAUCUCCUUUCAUGCGCAGACUCGGUCUGGAAUUUGUAUGAAACAGCUAUCCGGUGGAGUCUGUAA